AUGCCCGAAUAUUCAACUUGUAGUCGUUUUUCACUCGUUCAAUUAAGAAUUGAAGAACGUAAACAACAAGCUCAUUUAAAGAAAAUAGACGACAUGCAACAUCACAAUGGUUUAGAUAAUAGUGAACCACUUCGUUUCCCUCAUAUUCAUGAAGCCUAUAUAAGACACAUGAAUACUAAACACCAUGCAAUUGAUAAAGAAAAUGAAACAAAAUUAAAAAAAUUAGUUGAAAUUAUGAUGACAAAAGCUAAACAACCACCAUCAUCCUCAACAGUAUUAUUUCCUUCUGUGAGUCCGAAUCGUCGUCAUCGAGCAAUAAACACACCAGAAAAUAACACGGAAUAUCUAGAACGAGUUGCUAAAGCUAAGGGUAAAUAUGAUGUGCGUGCAUGGAGAAAAGAAUUCGAACGACAUCAAGAAUAUUUAAAAAUACGUAAAGACAAUAGCGUAUUUACGCCACUUGGCAUGGGUUUUAACCGACAGCGAUCUUUUAAGAUGAACUCGAUGAUCAACAGUAAACAAACAACACCUACAUCGUCAAAAAUUAACAUUAGAAAACAAAAUGACUAA